GUGAUGACAACAUAUGAAAUAGUUAUGGGAGUUCUAUAGUUAUUAUUAGAAGAUGAAAUGGGAAUUAGUAAUGAAACGUGCAGGUGAGCUCGAAAGUUUUAUUGGAAAUUCAAGAUGGCGGGCGGUCGAGAAGGGUUUUUAUUCCAUCAGCUACCUGAGCCGGAUGACAGUGGAAUCGAUAGCGAUGGUACGGAGCGUGCGCGUGCGCAACAUGUUGACGAGGCGAUGCAAUUAACAGAAACCAGUAGCAGUGACGAAGAUCCUGCAAUGAAGCUGCCAUGGAUAAAGAGAUGCAUGAAGAAAAAGUUUGAACAUCAACUUAACAUCAUGGAAGAGGGUCUGCUCGAGCGUCAAAUGCUAAUCCCAAUGGUUCAGUUGCAGCCGCGAGUUAAUGAUGCCCAUAAUUAUAGUCCUAACAGUCCAAACAGAUCCUCGCCACCGCUUAUCGAAGUGGAAUUGACCGCGUCUGAUGAGGACGAUGACAACUCAGUUCUAGAAUUUGUUAUACCACUGCCAUGUAAACGACCUCCAAAAACUACUUUCACUAGAGCUUUAGAUCGCAUUGUUCUUUUAUUUAACAGGGUAUUGUGCUGUUAAGUGUAAAAAGAUAUUACGUUUAAUUUGUUUUAGCACAUAUAUAGUAUCUUUCUAUAAGUGCUGUCUUUAAAUUGUGAAAAAAUUAAAUAAAAAGAUCAGAAAAACAUAACACCCCAACUCUACGAAGCCAAAAUUACCUGAUUCUUUUUUCAAAGGUCGAUGAGCAAUAUUUAU